AGCCACGCCAUGUCGCUUUCAGUCUGCACCUCUGGACUGUCCAGGAGGUCGUCCUCACAGAAUGGGGCGGCAGGCAGACCUUGGGGUGCAUCUGCUUCUAGUAUUGCCUGUGGCUAUGCGGGAAUGGCCUCUGGCUUUGGAGUCGGCUGUGGGGGGCUCAUUCCUGCUGCAUCCAUGUUUGGCUCCAGUUCUGGCUUUAGCGGUGGCUCUGCAGGCCCCUUACCAGGGCUUGCCACUGCCUAUGGUGGACCUCUGGGAGGUGGCCUGGGAGGGCUGGGCAUGGGAAUAGGGAGAAGCUCUGGUGGUGGGUCUCUGUGUACCCUCUCUGACAAUGAGGGGGGACUUCUUUCCGGUUCUGAAAAAGAAACAAUGCAAAAUCUGAACGAUAGACUAGCUUCCUACCUGGGCAAGGUUCGCGCUCUAGAGGAGGCCAAUGCGGAACUGGAAAGCAAAAUUCGAGAGUGGUAUGAAACACGAAGGACUGGAGGCUCUGGGCCCCAGGGUGAUUACAGCAAAUAUUACCCACUGAUUGAAGACUUAAAGAACAAGAUCAUUUCUGCCAGCGUUGGGAAUGCCCAGGUCCUCUUGCAGAUUGACAAUGCAAGGCUGGCUGCCGAGGACUUCAGGAUGAAGUAUGAGAAUGAGCUGGCACUGCGCCAGACCGUGGAGGCCGACAUCAAUGGGCUGCGCAGGGUGCUGGACGAGUUAACCCUGGCCAGAGCUGACCUGGAGGCACAGACAGAGAACCUGACUGAGGAGCUGGACUACAUGAAGAAGAACCAUGAGGAGGAACUCCAGAGUUUCCAGGCAGGUGGUCCAGGUGAGGUCAAUGUAGAAAUGGAUGCUGCACCUGGGAUAGACCUCACCAAAGUCCUCAAUGAAAUGAGGACCCAGUAUGAAACCAUGGCCGACCAAAAUCGGAAAGACGCAGAGGCCUGGUUCCUUGAAAAGAGCGGAGAGCUCAGGAAAGAGAUCAGCAGCAACACGGAGCAGCUUCAGUCCAGCAAGAGCGAGAUCACCGACCUGAGGCGCAUGGUGCAGAACCUGGAGAUUGAACUUCAAUCCCAGCUCGCCAUGAAGAAGUCCCUGGAAAACUCACUGGCUGAAACCGAGGGCGGUUACUGCUGCCAGCUGUCUCAGGUGCAGCAGCUGAUAGGCAACCUGGAGGAGCAACUCCAACAGUUGCGGGCGGAUGCAGAGCGCCAGAACGCCGACCACCAGCGGCUGCUGGGCGUCAAGGCCCGCCUGGAGAUGGAGAUUGAGACUUACCGCCAGCUCCUGGAUGGGGAGGCGCUUGGCGACGGUUUUGAGGAGAGUUCAUCCCUCGCUGUCUCCAAACCUCAGAGUCAGGCACCAUCAGUCGAAUCCUCAAAAGACCCAAAUAAAACUCGGAAAAUCAAGACAGUUGUGCAGGAGAUAGUGAAUGGCGAAGUGGUCUCAUCCCAAGUUCAGGAACUUGAAGAAGCAAUGUAA